ACAGAUAUCACUUUUGAAGUUUUAACUUUUGCCAAAACUUUAAGAAAGAAGUCGAAGUCAAGUUAUUAAUCAGCACUUCAUCAGUAAUCAAAAGCAACAAACAUUGUUUUCAAUAAAACAAAAAUGGAGAAGGAACUUGAUAAGGUUGUGGAAGAAAUUAUGUCGACCCCUAACGUGAGCGGGUGCUUGGUUGCAGAUCAUCAGGGUCUCUGUUUAGCGUCAAAAGGCACAGCACACGUCGACUCUGCGGGUCUCAUCGUAGCUCUUUCCGAACAAGCAUGCAAGAUUCAACCGAACUUUAAACCACCUACCGUCUGCUUGGAAACGGAUACGAAAAUAUGUUUGAUACAAAGACACGGUACCAUCACGGGAGCUGUUUAUAAACAGAAAGCGUGAAGUUAUUGUAUAUAUUUGUUUGUUGAUCGAAUAACUUAACGGCUGUGUUAAGAUUACGAGUUUUUUAAUACUAUAUUAUUCGUUCAGUGUUAUUUAAAAAUGAUAUUAUAUCUUUUGUAAUUAAACUUAGCAUAUUGUUUUGAUAAUAUGUCAUAAUUGUAUGCAAGCUGUACAGCAUCUAGUUUAAAUUUUUGUUAGCCUAUUAUAUAUUUAUAAUAGAUUGAAAUUUAUAUUUUCAACCAUAUAAUAACUGAAAUUUAAAAUUAACUUGUUAUAGUAGC